GGAGAGAGGUAUAAGCACACUUGGGGAAAUGACCUGGAAGGCCAAAAUGGGACAUUACAGCACACCACAACAGGGCUGAAGGAGCUCCAUCAUACAACCGUCAGCAGAAGAAACACACUACACUCUUUUCACUGACGGUUCCUGUCGCAUUGUAGGGAUGAACUGGAAGCGGAAAGCAGCCGUAUGGAGCCCCACACGACAGGUCGCAGAGGCCACUGAAGGAGAAGGUGGAUCAAGCCAACUUUCUGAACUUAAAGCUGUUCAACUGGCCUUGGACAUUGCUGAGAGAGAGGAGUGGCCAAAGCUCUACCUCUACACUGAUUCAUGGAUGGUAGCCAAUGCUCUGUGUGGAUGGCUGGAGAGGUGGAAAGAGGCUAACUGGCAGUGUAGAGGAAAACCAGUCUGGGCUGCUAAAGAGUGGAAAGACAUUGCUACCAGGGUAGGGAAGCUGCCUGUGAAAGUCCGCCAUGUGGAUGCUCAUGUUCCCAAGAGUAGAGCUAAUGAGGAACACCAAAACAAUGAGCAGGUAGACAAGGCUGCAAAGAUAGAUGCAUCAAAAAUAGACUUAGAUUGGCAACAUAAAGGAGAGUUAUUCCUAACUCAGUGGGCCCAUGGUGCCUCAGUCCAUCAGAGCAGGGAUGCCACCUAUAAGUGGGCACAAGACCAAGGGGUGGAUCUAACCAUGGACAGUAUUUCUCAGGUUAUCCAUGACUGCGAGACAUGUGCUGCCAUCAAGCAGACAAAGCGAGUGAAGCCCCUGUGGUACGAUGGGCGGUGGUCCAAGUACAAGUAUGGGGAUGCCUGGCAGAUUGACUACAUCACACUGCCCCAGACACGCCAGGGCAAGUGCUAUGUGCUGACCAUAGUGGAAGCCACCGCUGGAUGGUUGGAAAGUACCUGAGUCCAGCUGACAUUGGGAUGGAGUUUAUCUCUGAGGGUGUCUGCCUGCUCCUGGUCCCAUGGAGGCUCAGGCAAUGGGAUGGCUUGGGCUAUUAUUUGGCCCUUGGACAAGUACAUGGGUGGGUGAGUACAGUGAAGCCAAAUGACAAACUGUUUCAGGUCUGAUGAUAUAAGACCCAGAGAAAUGUUAAUUUCCUGGGGUGUGUGUUUUGUGUCCCCAAGGACAACAUACUUACUGUGACAUU